AUGGAAAAAUGUUGUCUGCGAAUAAGGUUUUGUAAAUCAUCUUCUGUCGUUGUGCUUCGGCUUCGCCAACCAGCCUUUCUGUGCAUUGAUGAUAAAUCAAACUCCCUACAGAUCUAUACUUUUAGCCAUCUUAUAAGACUUUCAAAUUGCAGAAAAAGACGAUGUGUUUGUGAAGCUCAUGGAAAUAAAUAUUGUUUAAAACACCAUGCUAAAUCAAGACAGUUAAGAUUGCAAAUAACUGUCUUUUACCGUUUCAUAAUCCACGUAGAUAUCUUUCUUCCAAAGUAUCGCCAAGAUUUUGGGACACAACAAAAAAGUUUAACUUCAGUCGUUUGA